AUGUCUCAAACACCGCCCUAUACCCCGGUAUGUGAGGUAUCAUCGGCUACCUUUGAAGACACAAAAUCGUCGUCCGGCACUUCCAUGUCGUGUCUUGGAACAGACUUAAUCACAGUUGAUACCACGAACGCCAACACGACGGAAACAGCGGAGCACUAUUAUAACUCGCCAACGUCACCUUCAUCUCAGAAAUUUGAUAGCUCACAUGUCCUUUCAAAUAUUCUAGAUACCAGGCCGCAGAUCCCAAAGCACUUCAUUGGUGUGCCAAGAACGCAAGUGGAUUUGAAAUCCCUCACUCCCUAUAAGCUAAAAUCCAAAUCACUAGAGAACUUUGUCCUCUCCUCGGCAGUCUUUGAAAUCAAGCUCGAUAGACUUCUCGGUAAAGGAUCCAAUUCGUAUGUGCAUUUGGCCACUCUAUCAACAAGAGAAGCUAAGAAUAUGGCUAUGCAAUUUGCCAUCAAGAUCCCAACCGCAAAGAAUAAAGUCAAGCUCAUCGAGAAGGAGACAGAGUUUUUGCUACUUUUAAAAGACUAUAGAGACAACACGUGGUACAGAAAAUAUGGUGAUAAGCCUUUUCCAUUUGUCGAGGCAUAUGGAUUGUAUUAUCUAGACAAAACGCAGUUCCCUAUGAUCAAGAAGACAGAUUUGCUUCCUUGUCUUCUAUUGAAAAACUCUGAUACAGACCUCUUCAGAUUUAUUAACGAAAGACGCGAGAUAACCGAUGCAUAUGAGCCGGCCGUUGGCCUAACAAGCUGGUUUUGUUUGUUCAACUUCCUACUAAACGUGCUCCAGGUCCUUCAAGACCUUGAAGCCGUUCACUGUGAUAUAAAAACUGAUAACAUCCUGGUAGAGGAUGUUUCCGCUCCAGUACCAGUAUUUAAGCUCAUCGACUUUACGUCUUCAGCCAGAAUCACAGACAUUCACGAGCAGCCGGAAAUGACUCUACAGUUCACCGCGCCAGAACUGCUUAAGGAUCAACGCAAACUUCCAGACUUCAGUACAGAUCUCUAUAGUGCAGGCUUGGUUUUACUACAUGCUGCUACGGGUAGCGCUCCAUACCAUGGAUAUGAUUACGAUCCCUACUAUCUCAUCACUUUAGUGAAGGAAGGAAAAGUGCUUGAAUUAUUAACUAGAGAGGAAUCGAACAGAAUGAUGGGGAACCCUCAAGUACGCGAGAUUCUGAAGCUUAUAUUGGUGAAAAGGUGCACUUUAGAGGAGCUUCUUACAUUACACACUUGA